CCCAGCCAAGGGCGGUGGGGACAUGGCUGAAGCGGACGAGCCCGCGAAGGAGGACGAGGCGACCGUGGUUGCAACACCGAUGGAAGAUUUGAACCCAUUCGCGUCUGGCCUCUCGGGCACUUCGUCUAUGCUUGUAGACGCUUCUCGUACCGUUGAUACCGUGGCGCUCCAGCAGGCAGAAGUAGCGAAAGCGGCCUACGGGGGAGGGUCCCUUAGAGCGUCUAAGGCGUUUCGUUCGCUCACCCCGUUCACGGUUGAGAGCCCGCAGACAACGCCACGCAGGGUUCCUGCCUCGGAGGGCAAGGGCAAGGGCCGCGCCGUCAGCAGCACAUUCCCGUCCAGCAGCGCGCAGACUUCGAGGACGGCUCCGAUGAUCAGGGGGACUGGUGUUGGGGCGCAUGUGGCGCGCCCUCAGAGAUCUGCCGCCCUGGCAUCGCCGAGUACCUCCUCCUCUCCUGCAGGAGCCGUAGGUUCGAAUACGGGUACUCCAACUAGUGCCAAUGGCGCGCCCCAAUCCUCCGGGAUCCUCAAAGGCUGUGUCGUAUUUGUAGAUGUCAAGUCAGAGGAAGGAUUAGACGUCAGCUCACUGUUCACGGAAAUGUUGCAACAAUUGGGGGCAAAGAUAUUGGCGCGAGUAGGCCAGAGCUGUACACACAUUGUGUACAAGAAUGGCUUGGCCAGUACGUCAAAUCGAUGGCGAGCUUUGAACGACCCGAAGCCACUGGUCGUUGGUAUCGCAUGGGUCGUGGCAUGCGCGGAGCGGAAGGAGCACGUCGAUGAGCAGAAGUAUCUCAUCAGCAUGGCGGACGAGAAUAUAGCUGGCACGAACAAGAGCGGCCAUCUCAAUCGCCCCAAACAUUGCCUACCGCGGGGGAUUCAAGCGGGGGCCGUUCGCAUGAAGUGGCAUCUUCCCCGGCUUCCGAGGGUGCUGGCGCUAACAAUUCGUUCGAACACCUUCCACCGCUGGAACGAGUCAGACGUCGACAGAGCGCUCUGUUUAACCCGGUUUCAUGAUAGACGUGUGGUCGUUCAAUCAUCGAUGUAAAAUACGGUCAUAACGUGUAUCCUUGCAUACG